CUGAACUAAGCAAGAAGAAGUUGAUGGCGCCCAGCUAGAAUGCCGGAGCAUUUAUCGCUUUCAGUUUCAGCUGGUAUCUGACCUAAAGACCAAGUAAGAAACAAACCGGCUCGGACGUCGCGGGCGAGAUGGAUUCAGAGGAGAAUGAAGUGGAGAGCAGCAGCGACGCGGGCCCCUCCGGCCUGGAGGAGCCCUCGGAGAGCGGCAUGGGCAUGGAGGGGUCGGAGGCCAUGUCGGCCGACAGCAGUGACACGGCGGCCAUGCCCGCCCUGGCGCCCGAGUCCGACUCCCACGUGGGGCAGAGCUCAGAGGGCCUUGUGGAGCUGAUUCCAGAGACGAGCUCCAGCACCGACGUUAGAGGGGUAGUCCAUCUCCCAGACUCCUCCUCGGUUGCCCAGUCCACCAGCGUGUCCAGCGUUUCUACGGUAACGCAGUCCAUCCUGGUGUCCGAGUCGGCCCAAGUGCUGGUCCACUCCAGCGUCGUGUCGGAUGGAGGAAUGAUUGUGUCGGACUCUACUGCGUCCACUUCCUCAGACCUGGGGUCUGCCAUCGACAAGAUAAUCGAGUCCACAAUUGGGCCUGAUAUCAUGAACAGCUGUAUUGCAGUGACUAGUGCUGAGGAUGGAGGAGCUGAGACCACCCAAUAUCUCAUUCUGCAGGGACCGGAUGAUGGUGCCCCCAUGGUGUCUCAGAUGUCGUCCUCCGCCCUGUCCAGCCGCAUCACCAUCGAGGCUCUUGGGGAGGGCCCCACCUCCACUUGCCUGGAGCAGUCUGACAUGGUGGAGGGGAGGCGGGGGAGUCUGCCCGACCAUGAGGCCAUGGACCCCGACCAGCCGGACCAGCCCGGGCACUCCGGGUACCCGGAGCACGAGGAGCACAUGGGCCAACCGGACCAGCCCGGGCACUCUCAGUACCUGGAGUGCUCGGCGGACCACCCGGAUCAGCCGGGUCACUCCCGCUACAUGGAGUGCGGCGUGGACGGGCCCGACCAGCCGGGACACUCACGCUACGUAGCCUGCAGCGCCGACAACUCGGAGCAGCACUCGCAGGGCUAUGCGGAGUGCGGCGGCGGUGGUGGCGACGACUCCAACCAGUCGCGCCACUCCCAGUACGCCGAGUGCAGCACCGACCACCCGGGCCAGCUGGGACACUCCCACUACCUGGAGUGCCGCGUGGGCGGGCCAGCGGACGCCCGCCACUCGCAGUACAUCGACUGCAGCGCGGACAGCGCCGCCCGAGCCCCACAGUACGCCGAGUGCGUGACGGGCGAGCCAGACCAGCCAGGACACUCCCGCUACAUGGAGUGCUGCGUGGACGGGCCCGACCAGACCCAGAACUCCCAGGAGCGGGCCCAGCACUCCUGCUACAUCGAGUGUAGCAUGCCACAGGGCUCCAUCUACAUAGAGGAGAGGUCCUUGGACUGCCCUGACCAGCCGCAGCACCCCGACCAGCCUCACAACUCCCACUACAUGGACUACAGCGGGGACCAGCAGGGCCAGUACAUCGGCAGCACCGGGGAGUACGCUAUGCACCCCGAGAGAGAGGCCGUCCCGCACCAGGCCCCUGGCUGUGAGCUGGAGGACAAGGGCCACCCGGAGGGCUCGGGGCAGGCAGAGGCCCAGGGCAGCAGCGUGCCGGCCCAGUCCGGGACGGCGGGGCCAGCAGGGGUCAGGGACAGGCCGCCCGACCUGGCGGAGCUAGAGGAAAUGAUGGAGGUUGUGGUGGUGCAGCAGUUCAAGUGCAAAAUGUGUCCGUACAAGAGCAUCUCCAAAGACACGCUCAUCAACCACAUGAGAGACAAACACUUCAGGCACACAGGUGCCCCUCCUCCAAAGAAGAGGGGUCGAGGACGCCCACGGCGGUCUGAAUCCGCGGCCCUGCAGAAAGCUGACGUGAAGACAGAGGAGCCAGUCGAGGAGGAGGAGGAUGACAUCGUGGAUGCCGGAGCCAUCGAUGAUCCGGCAGAUGACAGUGAUUAUAACCCGGCCGAUGAGGACUGCAGGGGCCGGCAGCCCGCCCUUCUCCGCAGCGCCCCCUCCUCCUCCUCCACACUGGACCGGCCCCGCCGCAGGGUGGUACGCCCCAGGAAGUUCCCCUACUCCGAGGCCACCCGCCGAGGCCAAGAAGCUGCAAACACCAUGGAGCUGUCUGAGGGAAAUAACUUGGAUCCUCAGGCUCCGGAGGAGGCUAGCUCUUCUGGAUUGGACAAUGGGCCCGCCUCCUCUGCCAAUGAGAACGGAGCUGAGCCUGGGGUCAGCCAGUCAGAUUCAGAGAACAAAGACCCAUCCUCAAAUACAGGGCCAGAGGAGGUUGAGUUCUACCCCAGGAAACGGGGACGGCCCUCUAAACGGUUCCUCCGCAAGAAGUACAAGAAGUAUAUGAACCGCAAUAGGUACUACAAGUCCCUCAAGCCCCUUCUGAGGCCCCAUAACUGCCGGAUCUGCGGCUCUCGGUUCCUGUCCCAGGAGGACCUACGGUUCCAUGUGGAUUCCCACGAGGGCAACGACCCGGAGAAGUUCAAGUGCUUGCAGUGCAGCUACCGGUGCAAACGCUGGUCAUCACUGAAGGAGCACAUGUUCAAUCAUGAGGGAACCAAGCCUUAUAAGUGCGAGGAGUGUGACUACACCAGUGUGUACAGGAAAGACGUGAUACGCCAUUCUGCUGUGCACAACAAGGACAAGAAAAAGAAAGCAGACCUGCAGGUUUUUCUUGGUAACCCCCAGGCCCCCAAGAACACCCAGUUCCCCUGCCCCGUGUGCAACAGGGUGUACCCCAUGCAGAAGCGGCUGACGCAGCACAUGAAGACCCACAGCACAGAGAAGCCACACAUGUGUGACAAGUGUGGGAAAUCCUUCAAGAAACGGUACACCUUCAAAAUGCAUCUUCUCACUCACAUCCAGAGCUACGGAAACAGCAGGUUCAAAUGUGAGUUCUGCGAGUACACCUGCGACAACAAGAAGCUCCUGCUCAACCACCAGCUGUCGCACACGACCGACAAGCCCUUCAAGUGCGACUACUGCAAGUACUCCACCACCAAGGAGGACUUCCUAGUGUCCCACAUGGCCAUCAAGCAUACUGGGGAGAAGCCCUUCUCCUGCGACUUCUGCCACUUCAUGACCAAGCACAAGAAGAACCUGCGGCUGCACGUGCAGUGCCGUCACCCGGAGGCCUUCGAGGCCUGGGGCCGCACCCACCCCGAGGAGCCGCCCCGCCGCCGCCGGCCCUUCUUCACCCUCCAGCAGAUCGAGGAGCUCAAGCAGCAGCACGACCACACCCAGGGCCUGCAGGACGGCAUCCGGGGGCCCAUCGUGUCGGUGGACCCCAUUGAGCUCCAAGCACUACAGAACAUGGAGAACGCGAGCGUCUCUCAGGAUUCACUGGGGAAUGCCACCAUUAUCUACGAACACGAGGGCUCAGACCUAUCCGCUCAGAAUGCUCUGGACUUGCUGCUAAAUAUGAGCAACCCCCGGGAGUUGGUGGGCAGUUCACUGCAGGUGGCUGUGCUCAAAUCCGAGGGAGAAGGUUUGGAGGGUGGCUCAGGGGAGGCGGGCGUGGCAGGGAAGCCCCAGAAGGUGGUCACCUUCCACGUGGCCGAGCACGGGGAGACACUGGUGCGGGAGGCCUUGGAGUCCGGAGCCGUGGAGGCGGCACCGGACAUCAGCCAGAUCGCCAUCAACGCCUACCAGGGCACAGCCGACUUCAGCGUGGUGGAGCAGGUUGGAGAGGAGAUCCACAGCACGGCCACUGUCUACAGCACAGAGGGCAGUACUGUGGAGUCCCAGCCUGUGGUAGUGAGCGGAUCUCUCUCUGGGACACUGAAAGAACACAAGGGCAAAUACUACCUGACCUCUGGGAUAGGGCCAGGGACACUGCAGCAGGUGGAGCUGAGCAGCGAGGACCCCAGUUCCCCCUCCCCUGCCGCCUCCCCUCGGCAGCAGCUCAACUCCAAGAGGUUCUCCUGCCGGAUCUGCAUGGAAUCGUUUCACGGCCGCUCUGACAUGGAGAGCCACAAGAGGGCGCACGUGGACCCCAACACGUUCAAAUGCCCCGACUGUCCUUUCAUCGCCCCGUCCUGGCCAGAAGUCAAGACUCACAUGACGAUGCACGCCUACCUCCGGCCCCAUAAGUGCAGCCACUGCAGCUUUGCCUCCAAGAACAAGAAGGACCUGCGGCGACACAUGCUGACCCACACCAACGAGAAGCCCUUCGCCUGCGAAGUCUGCGGACAGAGGUUCAACCGCAACGGUCACCUCAAGUUCCACAUGGAGAGGCUGCAUAGCCUGGACCCCCCCGCACGCAAGCCCCGCCUGGCCACCCCUCAGCAGGCCAUCAUCGUCAAUAGCGACGAGGAGGCACUGGCCACCCUGCAGACUGCUUUACAGGGUGGACAGACAGUCAUCACCCCCGAGAGGCUCCAGCAGGCCCUGGGUCAGGACCACAUCAUUGUGGCGCAGGAACAGACCCUCUCCGAUCAGGAGGAAGCCACAUACAUCCAGCAGAUAACCACAGUAGAUGGGCAAACUGUGCAGCACCUGGUAACCGCUGAAAACCAAGUGACAGAGGUCCAGUAUAUAAUAUCACAAGAUGGGGUUCAGCACCUUAUCCCUCAAGAGUACGUGGUGGUAUCUGAUGGCAAUCACAUUCAGAUGCAGGAUGGACAAAUAGCGCAUAUUCAGUAUGACCAGGAUGGGACAUUCUUGCAGGAGCAGCAGAUCGCGCUGAGCCACGACGGACAGAUCCAGUAUGUUCCCAUCAGCUCUGAGCAGCAGAUUGUCAGUCAGGAGGACCUGGAGGCAGUUGCCCACUCUGCAGUGACAGCUGUGGCCGAUGCCGCCAUGGCCCAGGCGCAGACGGUCUACGCCACGGAGGCCACGCCCGAACAGCUAGAGCAAAUGCAGCAGCAGGGUAUCCAGUAUGACGUCAUCACCUUCACAGAGGAGUAGCAGCCACCUUUCCGAGGCUGCAGCAGGACAGAUUCACUUCUCUUCAGACUUUUAGACUGGCCUUUCUCAGCGGUACGACCAGGGGAAGAUGUGUAUUGUAUAUUCUAUAACAAUCCUUAAUAUGAUAUAUAUGCUUUUGCCUCUGUUCAUGCUUGGACUAUCGAUGAGAAUAUCUUCAGCUUCAGUUUUUUUUUUUUGUGGUGGGAACAAAGCAGCUUAAUUACUGGGUGCUACAGUUUAAUUCAGCAACUCUUUUCAGAUUUCUCUUUUUGAAGGUAUUUCAUUGUAAAAUAUUUGAGAUAUUGUAAAUACUAACAACCGCAUCACAUGAGACAUAGUAUGGCUUUGGAUUCAUUACAUUGUUGCUGUAAGUUUUCAUUGAAACCAUAGUGCACAAAGAUCCCCUCGUUUCAUUAUUACUAAUGAAUGGACAUGCAAGUUUUCUGAAAGUGCAAUGAUAUCGUUAUGUGAUUAUUACCUGUUUGUAUUUAAAUGUUGUGGGUAACCUGGUGGGCACAGGUGACCUGAAGUGGCACCAGCUUGAAAAAGCCUACACCUGUGUCAUUUGGUUAUGAAUGCAUAAUAAGGCUGUGUUACAGAUUGUAACACAGUAUGAAGUUUGUUUCUUGUUUAUUGUAAGUAUGUGAGAUUGGAGGGGGUAAAUCUGAACUGUGUUCUUAGACAGGAGUUAAGAUAUAGACCUGCAAAUGCACCAUGAAUGGGGUAUUAGGAUUUCUUUUAUAUUUUGCUGCUUUACCUCACAACACUUUUUGUUCUUGUUGCAGCGCACUUCUUAGGAGAUAUAAAACUGAGUAAGCUAAAAGCUAAUACCAAAGACUGUUUACUUAAUAUAAUUCAGCUUGUCUUAUUGCAGAGAAACUUGGCAAAUUAAGACCCAUUUAUUUUGAUUGGCUUUAUUAUGAGUCAAUAAAAUUUAAGAAAAAGAUAUUGUAUAUACUUUGAGGGAUGUAAUUGGCCUUCAUUUGCAGUUGAGCUUGUGAUCUGCGCAAUGUGUCAUUUAAAAAAAAUUAUCAGCCAGCAAAAUGCUUCAGAAAUAACUGUCUUGCGGACAAUGAUGCUAUUUCAGAUUAACGCGUGAUAUCUGGACAUAAUUUCAUCUGGUUGCCGUUUUUAAGAGAACGUGCCACAAUGCAACUUUUCGCACAUGCAGUAACAAUAACAAUGUCUUGGCUACCUACAUAUACCUUAAUUCCACUGGGGGGCUUUUGAUUUGCCCUGAGGUUUCAGGAUGUGUGCCUAUGAUGAAACUUUAGAGCGUGCGAAGUGCAUUAGCCAUCGUUAAGCCUUCUAAACAUUUCACGAAUUGUAUGUGGGGGGAAAAAAGCAUAAUGGGUUAUGUGGUUUUGUGCAAAGCGUGGGGUCUUACUCUCUCACAGGUGACUGACAGAGGGAGAGUAGAAAACUGGGGAAGGUGCUGUAACCACAUCACACAUCAUGUGUGAUUAAGUGUAUUAGUUUAUCUUCCAACAAAGCUGUUGAAAGCAUAUAUAUUACGAGGAAGGAAAGUUUAUUAGCUGGAGACCAUUUUGUUUAUAGUAGGAUGAGAGACAAUCAGACUUUUAUAGUCAUUUGUGUAUUUUCCAUUGAAGUGAUUUAGAAAUUUUGCUUGUCAUGUUUUUUUUUUUUUUUUUAAACAUACAGUGGAGGUAUGUACUGUGAGGGUUGCUAGAACGUUCUGUAUACAACAGGAGAACACCUAUGAUCUGUAAAUUCUGUAUAUUGUAAAUGAAAUUAUAAUUGUUUCAUUUAACCCUAGUGAGAAGAAAUGUACUCACUGUCAUUUUUUCCAUUUUUCAAAACUG